AAAACAUUUAAAACUUUGGGUGAUCUUGUAAAAGAUGCAAAAAAUCUGUUAGCCACUAAAGGUAUUGAUACUAAUCAAUCAAAGCAAAAUCGUAUACAGAAACCCAAAAGUGCUUAUAUGUUGUUUUAUACUGAUUAUUUUCAUAAGUAUAAAAAAAAAAAUCCAGACAUGAAAUUACCUCAGCUGACACAAAUAAUUGCAGAUAAGUAUAAGUGCUUAUCGCCAGAAAAGAAGCAAACAUUUGUUGACAGAGCUAAUAAAUUAAAGACUGAUUAUCAAGUACUAAUGGCUAAAUCAAACAGUGGUUUAAAAUCUAAAGUAGAAUCAACUAAACCAAAAACUCCUUUUCAAGUAUACUUAGAAGCAAAAUAUGAAAAUUUAGAAGCUCCAUUUGAAAAAUCAGAAGUUCUUAAUCAUUAUAAAGAAAAAUGGGAAAAUAUGUCUGAAAAAAAAAAAUCAAAGUGGAUUAAAUUAGCAAAAGACCGUGAAGAUGUAUAUUUAGGCCAUCUUAAGGAAGACCAUAAAGAUGAUCCUGCCUUUACUAUGCCUACUAAAAGCGCACUUACUAAAGGAGAUAGAAAAAUUUUAGAUUCUCUGUCAGGAAUACCAAAAAAACCACCUGUUAACAAUUAUGGUCUUUUUUCCAAAGAGAUGUUACAAAGUGAUUCUUUAGCUGGAAUUCCACCUAAAGAAAAAAUGGCAACUGUUGCUAAAAAAUGGAAAGAAUUUUCAGAAGAAGAAAAACAAAUUUACACUGAUAAAUUAAAAAUUCUUACUGAUCGUUAUCGGACAGAAUUUGAUGCUUACUUAAAAACACUACCAGAAGAAGAACGACAGCUUGAAAUGAAUAAAGCUAAAGUCAAACCUAAGAAAGUUGAACCAAAAAUUGUUCCACGUAUAAAUGCUAGAGAAGGUAUACCUGAAAAACCA